UCUAAUUUAUAAUAGAAUAUCCUGUUUUGACCAUAUCGCACUAUGUAUCAUUUGAUAAUUCAACGAAUCUCUGAUCCUUUUGAUCAAAUAGAAUUUCUAAAAUGGAGGAAUAUCAGUUAUAUUUGGAACUGGAUAGAUCUCGUCAACAGGACUUCCUAUACCCACUUGUUUUUCACGAAUAUAUUUACGGACUCGCUUAUAGUCAUGAUUUAAAUAGAUCAAUUUUUGUACAAAAUUUUGGUUAUGAUAAUAAAUAUAGUUUACUAAUUGUAAAACGUUUAAUUACUCGAAUGUAUCAACAGAAUCAUUUGAUUAUUUCGGCUAAUGAUUCUAACAAAAAUCGAUUUUUGAGGUAUAAUAAGAAUUUUUAUUCUCAAAUAAUAUCAGAGGGUUUUGCCAUCAUCGUGGAAAUUCUGUUUUCUUUACAAUUAAGCUCGUCCUUAGAGGAGGCAGAAAUCAUAAAAUCUUAUAAAAAUCUGCGAUCAAUUCAUUCUAUUUUUCCCUUUUUCGAGGAUAAAGUUACAUAUUUAAAUUAUAUAUCAGAUAUACGAGUCCCUUUUCCUAUCCAUCUGGAAAUCUUAGUCCAAAUCCUUCGAUACUGGGUGAAAGAUGCCCCUUUGUUUCAUUUAUUAAGACUGUUUCUUUAUGAUUAUUGUAAUUGGAAUAGUAUUUUUAUUCCCCAAAAAUCGAUUUAUACUUUUUCAAAAAAGAAUCCAAGAUUUUUCUUCUUCCUAUAUAAUUUUUAUGUAUGUGAAUAUGAAUCUAUCUUUUUUUUUCUACGUACCAAAUCUUUUCAUUUACGAUUAAAAUCUUUUAGAGUUUUUUUUUAGCGAAUCUUUUUCUAUGCAAAAAAAGGACAUCUUGUAGAAGUAUUUGUUAAGGAUUUUUUUUCUACCUUAACAUUCUUUAAGGAUCCUUUCAUCCAUUAUGUUAGAUAUCAGGGAAAAUCCAUUCUGGCUUCCAAGAAUUUGCCUAUUUUAAUGAAUAAAUGGAAAUACUAUUUUAUCCAUUUAUGGCAAUGUUAUUUUGAUGUUUGGUCUCAACCGCGAACAAUCCGUAUAAACCAAUUAUCCGAAUAUUCAUUUCACUUUUUGGGCUAUUUUUUAAAGGUGGGGCUGAAGCAUUCAGUAGUACGGGGUCAAAUGCUGCAAAAUGGAUUUCUAAUCAAAAUUAUUAUAAAAAAGCUUGAUAUAAUAGUUCCAAUUAUUCCAAUAAUUAGAUUAUUGGCUAAAUCGAAAUUUUGUAAUGUAUUAGGGAAUCCCCUUAGUAAGCCGUCCUGGGCCGACUUAUCCGAUUUUGAGAUUAUUGCCCGAUUUUUGCGGAUAUGCAGAAAUCUUUCUCAUUAUUACAAUGGAUCCUCAAAAAAAAAAGAGUUUGUAUCGAAUAAAAUAUAUACUUCGGCUUUCAUGUAUUAAAACUUUGGCCUGUAAACACAAAAGUACCGUACGCGCUUUUUCGAAAAGAUUAGGUUCGGAAGAAUUAUUGGAAGAAUUCUUUACAGAGGAAGAAGAGAUUCUUUCUUUGAUCUUUCCAACAACUUCUUCUACUUUACGGAGGUUACAUAGAAAUCGGAUUUGGUAUUUGGAUAUUCUUUUUAGCAACGAUAACGAUCUAAUCAAUCAUGACUGAUUAUUUAUGUUAUGAUACUUCGGAAAUGAAGAAAGGGAAAUUAUCCUUAAAUAAGUUAAAUAAGGAUAAACAAAAAUUCAUUCAUUUCUAUUAGUAUU